AUGCCCUUAAAAGAGCGCCCAAUCACCCCACCAUCAGUAACGUCAACUGCAUCAGAAACGCCACUUACCGAUACACUUCUCCUUCAACCUACGCUUUUUCCUCCUCCUCCAAAGACUCCUGCGAACAUUUCUGAUAUACAAUGCCUUCUUAAUCAACACCGAGCAGCAUUAUUUACACCUAAUGAUUUGGAGCGAGUCUUUCUCAAGGUUACUAAGGCUACUAAGAAAGCAAUGGCAGAAGCUUUGACAUAUAAAGAUUAUAAUGAGGGUUUACAAGAUGCUGCCGUACGAAAGAUAAUUCGGGGAAAUCGUACAAAGGGGAAUCUCGCAAUAAAAGAUGCUCCUUGGUGGUGCGAGGAAUACGAAAAGGAGGUACUUAAAGUCUUUAUGGGCUAUAAGCUUGAUAUCUUUGAUUUCAAGGCAAAACUCGUACGAAAAGGACGCCUGAUUCCUGACCUGGAAUUAUGUCCAAUCAUUGAGUUUCAUGCUCUUUUCGACUCUCCCCAAAGGCACGCUUCUCCCAUUAAAAGCUCACCCAAAAAGCGUACUCUAGCAAAGACAAUCAAAGCUCCAAAAACGAUUUUAGGGAUUGCAAAGCGUACGAAGGCAGUAAAGAACUGGAAGGAUAAUCAAGCCAACGGCAAAGCAUGUAAAUAA